UGUAUAUGUUUUCUCAGCAUGACGCGUAGUAAUGGUGGUAAACAGUGGUGAAUUUCGGAAUGCAGCAUAUCUCUUUUAACGUACGUUCUAAUAUACGUGUAUUGCGUUAUUUCUUUCUCCGUCGAUCCGCUGUCGGAAUGCAUCUUAGACUAAGCUCCUUAAUUCCCUAUGCAGUAUGUUAAGUGUAUUAAUUCGUCGGACAACGAAUUUUUUAUAUCAUCCAAUUGUUACUAAAAGAAGAUACAAAGUAACUGCGUAUGACAAUUGGAAGAAAGUCAGAAUGGCUGAUGAACAAACAUUACCAUCUCCGAGAACUAAUCCUAUCAUUGUCAAAUUGAACAGCCCGGAAUUUCGUUCUAUCUUCACACCGGAAUUACUCACUCUUGCAAAUUUGUUCAAAAAGUAUAAUUAUGAGUUGAGAAUUGCCGGAGGCGCUGUUCGUGAUAUUUUGAUGGGUAUCCAGCCAAAGGAUCUCGACUUUGCAACCGAUGCUACACCGGACCGAAUUAAGGAUAUGUUUACGAAGGAACAGAUCAGAAUGAUAAAUGAGAAGGGUGAAAAGCAUGGAACAAUAACUGCCAGAAUAAAUGACAAAGAAAAUUUUGAGAUCACAACUUUAAGAAUCGAUAUUGCAACCAAUGGUCGACAUGCGCAAGUACAAUUCACUAAAGAUUGGAAGUUGGAUGCAAACAGAAGAGAUUUGACCGUUAAUUCCAUGUUUCUUGAUCUCGAUGGCAAUGUAUAUGAUUAUUUUUAUGGUUACGACGAUUUGCAAAACAAGAGGAUAGUUUUUGUAGGAGAUGCUACCACUAGAAUUCAAGAAGAUUAUCUUCGAAUCCUUAGGUAUUUUCGCUUUUACGGGAGAAUCAUGGAAAGUCCCGACAAACACGAUGAGGCUACAAUCAAGGCAAUAAGAGAGAAUAUUGAAGGUUUGUCGCGAAUAUCUGGUGAGAGAAUUUGGAGCGAAUGGAACAAAAUUCUUACAGGCAAUUUUGCCAUGGAAUUGACUGUGAAAUUACUUGAGUGUGGUGCCAGCGAACAUAUUGGUCUACCCAAGGAUCCCGAUGUUGACAACUUUCGAACUGUUUUUCGCCGCGCAUUGUCCAAUCGAAUAACUCUGAAACCUAUAUCUUUGAUAGUAUCGAUGCUGAAGAACAUGCGCCAAGUAUUGAAAUUGCACGAGAGAUUGAAACUGUCCAAUUCCGAUAGAGAUUUGGCGUUCUUUUUGAUUCAAUGCAGAGAAUGUGGACCAUCAUCUUCUGAAAUAUCAGUGAAACCUUAUCAGCUACUUGUCUUUACUCAGCCGACACAUAAAUAUGAAGUUUUCCGAGAAUACACGAAAGAACUACUUAGGUAUCGUGGCGCAAUCGAGCUUUUGCGCGAGUUCGAACAAUGGACAGUUCCACAUUUUCCCAUCAACGGCAGUAUGUUGAAAGAUCGUGGUACAGAACACAAGUUAAUCGGUCUUGUUAUUACGGAAUUGAAAAGACUAUGGGUCGAAGAAGAUUUUCAACUUACAGAAAAUCAACUUUUGGAUCGUUUACCAAAAAUAUUGGAUAAAUUGAAAGAGAAACACCGGAUAAAAGAAAAGAAACAGAAGAAAGAGUAAAACGGUUUUAUCGUUAUUCUACGGACGUAACGGAUUGACUCGUAUCAACGAGUUUCCUAAGGGCUGUUCUACAAUAAGUCGUAUGUCGCUGUCAGACAUCGGGCACAAGCGUAUAGAGCUGAUUCGUGUCGUCGAGAGCUGUUGUAAGUCAAGUGGUCAGCUCAACACACUUAUGCCCGACGUCCAACAGCGACAUACGACUUUAUUGUAAAACAGGUCUAACAGUCAAAAAUAAUUUUUCUAUGUACAUAUAUCUAAGUCUGUAUUAUUAAUUA